UCAGUGUAUGGUCUCUGUUGUCAACAUUCAUAAAAUUACAUCCAUUAUUACCAUGUGUUUUCAAUGUUUUUUUUUGUAAAUAAAUAAUAGUUUUUAUAUGUUGAACGUUAAAUCUAUGAUUAUUUAAUCAUGCAACAUACACAUCGUCCCGGACAUUUGAAACAAAGCAAUAAAACUCACAAAUCUCGCCAUCGUUCGAAGCGCGGAAUAGCGGCUGCAGUUAAAGGUAAAGUAAAUGUGAAAGAAUUUGUCCGUCGUAAUCGUCAUAUUCUCAAGAAAGAUGAGCGUCGGCACCAAGCAAAUCAAAUUCGCAAGAAUAAACGUGAGGAGGUUUUGGCUAAGAAACGUGCACUUGGCGGCACACGAUAUCCUCCGUUUUUAGUAUGUGUCGUACCCCUGAAUGCUCAACUGGAUGUGCAAUCAGCUUUGGUCAUAUUAAAAACAUGUUCUGAGGAAGCAGUUGUGUCACAGUCCGAAAAUGGGAUUUUGCAUAUUGGCCUACCAAACUUCAAGCAACGCUUCUCCUUUAUUUGUCCUGAAGUAGACAAUGAGUUUGCUCUGCUGGAUGCUCUUAAAAUUGCAGACACAGCACUGUUUGUUAGCUCGGCUUUAGAUGAACCUGUUGAUGAAUGGGGAGAGAAGGUUUUAGCAUUAUCCAUGGCCCAGGGCAUGCCUACUCCAGUAGUAGUUGCUAUGGACAUAGAAGGUGUUCACCCAAAGAAACGCACCACAGAAAAACAAAAUGUUCAAAAGUUGAUAUCAAAAUGGCUUCCAGAAGAGAAAGUAAUGCAAUUGGACAAAAGUUCUGAUGGAUUGAAUUUAUUACGUAGAAUUGGAAAUCAGAAACGUAACAUUAUCCAUCAUAGGGAAAAGAGACCUUAUUUACUAGCUGAAGAAGUUCAAUAUGUUCCUGAUGCAGAAGGAGAAAGUGGUACUUUAAAAGUUAGUGGAUAUUUACGUGGGAUGCCAUUAAAUGUAAAUGGUUUGGUGCAUAUAACUGGGUUAGGAGACUUUCAGAUGAUAAGGAUUGAUGGACAUGAGGAUCCACAUAGUUUGAAUUUGGGGAAGGAGAAUACAAAAUCUGAUUCAAUGGAUGCUGAAAUAACUAAAACAUCAGUGCUACAAGUUGCUGAUCCUACUAAGCAAGAGAGCUUGGCAUCUGAAAAUAUACCUGAUCCAAUGGAUGCAGAGCAGACAUGGCCAACAGAGGAAGAAAUUGAACAAGCUAAUUUAGAGACAAAAACGAAGAAGGUAAAGAAGGUUCCAAAAGGGUGGUCAGACUAUCAAGCUGCUUGGAUUGUGGAAUCAGAUGUUGAAGGUGAAGGUUCUGAUGCAAGCGAAAGUCAAUCUGAGAAUGAAGAAUUUAUGUCAUGCGAGGAAGACAACUCGGAUGCAGAGGAUGCUGAGGAUAACGAUUUUGAAUCUGUCACUGAAUCUGAAGUUGGUGUUAGUGAUGAGAAGUAUGAUACCACAAUUGAUGCUCAUGAAGAGCAUGAAAUGCUACACAAGUUGGCAGCUGCUAAAGAGGAUAGGCAAUUCCCUGAUGAGGUUGAUACUCCGCAAGAUGUGCCAGCCAGGGAGCGAUUUAUGAGAUAUAGAGGCUUAGAGUCUUUCAGAACUUCCCCUUGGGACCCCAAGGAGAAUCUGCCGGCAGAUUAUGCUCGUAUUUUCCAGUUUGAAAAUUACGACCGCACUAGACGAAGGAUUUUUAAAGAGAAUAAGGAUAGUUUAAUUAAUAUGUAUGGAUUUUAUAUAACGAUCCAUGUAAAAGAUGUCCGUCAAGAUCUGUGGAAGGUGUAUCACACAGCCAACCAAAAUGCCCCACUUGCAGUCUUUGGACUCUUGCCACACGAACACAAGAUGUCCCUCAUGAAUGUAGUACUGAAGCGUACUGGCGCCAGUGACGAGCCCAUCAAGAGCAAAGAGAGGCUAAUAUUUCAAGUGGGAUAUCGGAGGUUUAUUGUAAACCCCAUAUUUAGUCAGCACACUAAUGGCAGUAAACAUAAGUAUGAAAGAUUUUUCCAGCCUGCAUCUACAUGUGUUGCUACUUUCUAUGCUCCAAUUCAAUUUAGUCCAUCCACUGUAUUGUGUUUUAAGGAGAAAAGGAACACAAAACUGCAAUUGAUUGCGUCUGGCGUAUUGCUGUCAUGUAAUCCUGACAGGUUGAUCAUCAAACGAAUUGUACUCUCUGGACAUCCUUAUAAGGUUCACAAAAGGUCAGCGGUUAUACGAUUUAUGUUUUUCAACCGCGAGGAUGUGUUGUAUUUCAAACCGUGCAAGCUGAGGACGAAAUAUGGACGGACGGGACACAUCAAAGAAUCACUGGGUACUCACGGCCACAUGAAGUGUGUAUUCGAUGACCAGUUAAAGUCACAAGAUACGGUCCUACUGAACCUCUACAAACGAAUGUUCCCCAAGUGGACUUACGAGAAUUGCAUUGUCACCGACAGAGAUAGCAAGAGUGAUGCUAUGGAAUCUUAGAUGUAAAAUAAAAAUUAUCUCAAGCAAAUAGUUUAUUAUUGUAAACUAGCUCUCUCAAAAAAGUGUAUUGAAGUAUAUUUAUAUGGUAAUGCGUACGUAAUGUGGUCGCCGUGUGGUCCCAGCAUAGAAUGAGCCACCCCUUCCUUUCUCGUGGGUGUCGUAAAAGGAGCCUAAGGGAACUUAAUGGUCGAGACAUGGGCAGUAGGGUCUCUCUUUAAACAUCAAAGCCUAACUGCGAUUGCCAACCUGCCUGCCAAGCAUGGUAACUACUGACGUCACUUGUUUCUGUAAUUGUAAUAAGCAUGGAUCGUGGCGAUUUUGUAUCAAAUGCCCAUGUUGUACUAUGUUGUUUAUUAAAUUAUUAUUUGUUAA